GCACCAAGCAGGACCAGACCCGUCGGUCAGGCUUUGAGUGGCUGGAAAUUCCCGUCCUCGGUGGCUCCUCCCCUGCAGAAAUCCCCUGUCCGCGGUGUAUAUGCGAAGCGCCGCCGCCGCCGCCGCUCACUCACAGCAAGCCGCCGCCAUGAUCAGUGCCAGCCGUUUCGCCGAGCCGCCGGUUAUGGAGGGCUACGAGCAGCCAAAGAAAGACCGUCAGGGCGGGCUCCCGCUCGACGAUCGCCACGACAGCGGCUUGGGUUCCAUGAAGGAGGAGGAUUACGGGCAGCUGGUGAAGGAGCUGGAAGACAUACGCUUGCAGCCCCGCGAACCGCCCGCCUGGGCACAGCAGCUGACGGAGGACGGGGACACUUUUCUCCACUUGGCGAUUAUUCACGAGGAGAAAGCCCUGAGCCUGGAGGUGAUCCGGCAGACGGCCGGGGACCGUGCUUUCCUGAACUUCCAGAACAACCUCAGCCAGACUCCUCUUCACCUGGCAGUGAUCACUGACCAGCCUGAAAUUGCUGAGCAUCUUCUGAAGGCUGGAUGCAACCUGGAAAUCAGGGACUUCCGAGGAAACACCCCUCUGCACAUCGCUUGCCAGCAGGGGUCCCUCAGGAGUGUCAGUGUCCUCACUCAGUACUGCCAGCCACACCACCUCCUCGCUGUCUUACAGGCAACCAACUACAACGGACAUACUUGUCUCCAUUUGGCAUCUAUUCAAGGAUACCUUGCUGUUGUUGAAUACUUGCUGUCCUUGGGAGCAGAUGUAAAUGCUCAGGAGCCAUGCAAUGGGAGAACUGCACUACAUUUGGCUGUCGACCUGCAGAAUUCAGACCUGGUGUCACUUCUAGUGAAACAUGGGGCAGACGUGAACAAAGUGACCUACCAAGGAUACUCCCCGUAUCAGCUCACAUGGGGAAGAGAGAAUUCCAGCAUACAGGAACAGCUGAAGCAGCUGACCAUGGCCGACCUGCAGAUGUUGCCAGAAAGUGAGGAUGAGGAGAGCAGUGAAUCGGAGCCCGAAUCAACAGAGGAUGAACUUAUGUAUGAUGACUGCCUUAUUGGAGGACGACAGCUGACAUUUUAAGGCAGAGCCUUCUGUGAAAAGAAGUGACUGUGCACAUAUGUAUAGAAAAAGAACUGACUUUUCAUUUAAAAAGAAAGUCACAAUGCAGAGGGAAGAAUCAGGAGGGGGAUACUACACUGCCCAGCAAGGAGCACAUAAUUGUGACAGGACGGUUCCAGAUUCUGGCCUGUGUUUAAAUACAGGAGUGGAAUAUGUAGCACCAGUAGGGAUCUGUGAUUAUGCACACCAUCUGAUAAAGAGCCACACAGCCAGUCUUCUCAACCCUGUGAAGGUAGCUGACUACACAUCUAACCUGCUAUCAGCAAGCUCUCUUGUGGCAUCAAGUACCACAAGGAAUGAGUAUCCUCUCAUGACAAGGCAGGCAUGUACCAGCACCCCAUCUUCUCAGAGACUGUGUUAACUUGUGUUGGGCUGGUGGCACUGCCUGGACUUACCGACCAACCUUAGCUGCUCCCAGUGUUGUGUCCCAGGCAGAGGAGUCAAGCCAGGGGACUGGUGACCUCCUGGCUGUUACGAAAAACAGCAGUAAUGUUAACUGUGGGCAUUGGAAACAGUAUGUUUCACACAAUGUGUGUCAUAAUAGCUACACUUUUUAGCAAUUGUAUAUUGUGUAAAUAGUGUACAUUUUUGUUUAUAA